AUGGCCUUGGCAUUGCCAAGGUUUGCGUUGUUCCAAUCAACUGUCCGCCAAAAAAACUACUUGCGCUACAUGCACGAGGAUGGGGAGCAACAUGGGUUUCUCCAAUUCAGUGGAGAGGAGAUCGUGAGCCCAUAUUCAAAGUUCGAAAUUGAGAGGGCAAAGAAUGAUAAUGCAUUUGUCCACAUAAGAUGCUGUUACAAUAACAAAUACUGGGUAGCUAACUCAAUUAGCUCUGACUCCUUCAUUAUUGCAGGGGCUGAUGAACCUAACGAAGACCAAUCCCAAUGGUCAUGUACGCUGUUCGAGCCUAUUCUGGUAGAUGGUGAAGGAGGUAGUAGUAGUAGUAGUAGUAGUAGUAGUAGUAGUACUGUAUAUGUUCGAUUUCGCCACGUUAAGCUCGGGCACUAUUUAAGGUCCCUGAUGACCAGAGACCACUACCAUGCCUGCGUAUCCACUAGUUAUGAUAGGCGUUAUUAUAUCGAUGAUCACAUGAACCAUGUUAUCUCCCUGAUGUUUAUGUCCCUUGUGUCCCGGAUGAGAGACCGCUACCAUGCCUGCCCAUACGUACGACCAACAGCUCCUGCUAGGCUCGAUGUUUUCGGUAUCAUCGAUUGGGAAUUGCUGUUGAUAUUGCCCAAACACAUCGCGCUCAAGGGAGACAACGGCCUAUACCUCAGUGCCCAAAGGAUCGACCGACACCAGUAUCUGCAGUUCGCGUCCAGUGACAAUGGAGAUCCGACUGUUGGGAAUGAGGUGUUCAUCACUAAAGGUGGAAGCGUCCGCAUCAAGAACAAUCACUUUGGCAAAUUCUGGAGGCGCAGCCCUAAUUGGAUCUGGGCUGACUCGGAUGACACCACCACCAACAACUUGGACACGUUGUUCUACCCCGUAAAAGUUGGUGACAAUGUCAUCGCUCUUCGCAAUUUGGGUAACAACAAUUUCUGCAACAGCGCGCACAAGAAUUAUCUCAAGGCUGCAGUAACCACGCUUUCCAGGGAGGCACGCUUGGUGGUUGAAGAGCUUGUUAUCUCAAGGAAAAUUUACAAUGUCAAUUUUCGCCUCUUGGAUGCGAGUAUCUACAACCAGAAAAUUAUUACAAUGGUAACUAAAACUGCCACUAACAAUACACAAGUAUCCAACAUUACAACACUGAAGCUCAUCCGUAAAGAGACUAGGAGCACUACUUGGAAGGGCAGCGUUUCCUUGAAGUUAGGCGUGAAAACAAAUAUCCAAACGGGUAUUCCACUCGUAGUAGAAGGACAGGUUGAACUUUCGACUGAGUUUACCGGAAAUUAUGAGUGGGGCGAAACUGUGUCAACGGAGAGCGCAGUGGAGACGGAGUACACAAUCACCGUGCCGCCAAUGAGCAAGGUCACUGUAAGUCUCCUAGCGACACAGGGUUCAUGCAGCGUUCCGUUCUCUUAUACUCAGCGCGACACGCUAAUGAACGGCAAGCAAGUUAUCCACGACUUUGACGAUGGAGUUUACACUGGCAUCAACAGCUUCAACUUCUUCUACGAAACCAAACAAGAAAAGCUGUGA